CGAAAUUCGCCUCAGAUACGUUUCGACGCCCAGCGGGGUUUGUGAAUGUUUUAGAUACUCUUUGGCGGUUGGCGCCGCUUGACUUGCCGUGUGCAGAGUGUGUGCAGUGUACCUCCAGGCCGAUCCUCUUCGGAGCGAGUGAUAACGCAAGAGAGAGCGAUAAAGAGAGAGGGAGAGACGAGCUCCUCUAAGACCUCUGACGAAAAAGAAAGAAAAGAGAAAAAAAAAAAAAAAACACCGGACAUGGAUAAAUCAGCGGCCACGAACUCGGCCACUGCCGAUGGCCAAAACGAGGCAGCAGCAGCCGCAGCAGCAGCGGCUGGGUGUGGCAGCAGCAGCAGCAGCAGCGGCGGCGGCAGCAGCGGUGGCAGCACCAGCAGCACCGCCACCAGCAACAACAACAACCACAGCGACUUGCAGCGUUUGGCAACAACACCGACGGCGGCGGCGGCAGCGGCAACAACAAGUGCCGUGGUGCCCUCCUCCCCCAUGACGAUCAACCUGAACAUCAGCACCACCACCGGCGGCAACUUCGGCGUCAGCGUCGAGCCGUUCAUCAGCGUGGAGAGCCUGAAGAAGAUCAUCGCCAAGAAGCUGAAGGUGGCCAAGGACCGCAUCUGCCUGCUGCACCGCGAGAAGGAACUUCAGGAUGGCACGCUCAGGGAUCACAACUUAAUGGACGGGUCCAAGAUCAUUUUGAUACCAAACGUGGAAACUGGUUUAUUGGCUCAGCGUCCCGAGAACACGGUUAUGCAAGCGCUGGAAUCGCUUAACGACUCGCAGGUUAAUGACUUUCUUAGCGGCAAGACCCCGCUCAACCUGAGCAUGCGCCUCGGCGACCACAUGAUGCUCAUCCAGCUGCAGCUGAGCACGGUGAAUCCGGCGGGCGGUGGCGCCACAGUGGCCACCGGCGGUGCUGGCACCACAGCUGCUGCUGCCGCCUCUACAACGUCGUCGGCGUCUGCAAUGCCAGCUGGCACUGGCUGCUCCAACGCCACAUCCUCCUCUUCAUCCUCCUCCUCAUCGUCGUCGGCGUCGGCUGGAGGCAGUGGUGGUGCCACCAGCUCAUCCACAUCCUCGUCGUCGAGAACCCGCUCCUCUGGCCAGCGAUCGAGCGGAAGAAUCGGCCAUGGCCAUGUGCACAGCCACCAGCAUCCGAGCCUGCAUGCUGUCAACAUGCAUGACAUGAGCCACAGACACGGCCAUGGCCAUGGGCACAGCCACGGCCACGGACAUGGGCACAGCCAUCACCAUCAUCACCACCACCAUCACCAUCAUUACCACAACGCUUCGGCCGUGGCCGCAGGCAGCGGCGGGGGCAUGUCCUCGCUGCGCAAGAUGUACGGCGACUUGCCCAGCUCGUCCGGAGCAGCUGGUUCGGGGGCAUCUGGAACGGGCACUGGCCAGGCACAAGGUUCGUCCACGCUCAAUGGACCCGAUCUCACCAAGCUGCUGAUCAAGGGCGGCAUUCAGAACAUCAUGCAGAAGAGCUUCGCUCUGAAGGAGGCCAGUGGUGGGGCUGCAGCUCGUCCCGUGGCCAAUGGUGGAUCCGGUUCGAGUCCGGGCAAACCCGUGCUGGAGCAGUCGCCCAUCAAAUCGCUGUCGAAUCUCGUGUCCAGCCCCAUCAAGAUGACGGCCAUCAAAAACAUUCCCCUGCCCGCAACGGCUGCCGCCAGUUCCUCCAGUUCCAGUUCCAGUUCGAGUUGCAGCUGCAGCUCCAGCUCUUCGGCCGCCGCCUCAACGUCGUCGUCGUCGUCGUCGUCAUCCUCUUCCAGUGGAGCCUGCACCACCAUUGGCGGCUGCCAGCAGGAUCCCAUCGCCGCCAAGCUGACCUCGUGCCUGUGCACACGUCUACCCACGCCGUCAGUGGCUCCGCCGGUGGCCUCCCUGGUCUCACCCAGUGCUCCGCUGACCAGAUCCGGUUCCACCAGCUCGGCCGGCAAGUGCCAGGACUCGAGUUGCGGUGGACCGAAUGCCGGAUACGCUGUACGCUCGACUGCCUCGGGCGCAGGCGUCACCUUCUCGGGCAACUCGAUGCUGCACAAGACGGGCAACAAUCGCAUCACCAGAACCAAGCAUCGUCACUACCAUAGCCACAGUCACGGACAUGGACAUGGACACAGCAACAGUAGCAGCAGCAGCAGCAACAGCAGCAGUAGCCACUUUUACCAUCAAGGCUGUGGCAGCAACCAGUCAUCGGUUAACGCAGCCGCCAUAGCCUCGUCUUCCUCAUCCGCAUCCUCUUCCUCGUCGACCUCGUCGUCGCGUCGCAAGCUGGAGCAGGCCAUGGCAGCCGGAGCAGGAGUAGGAGCCGGAUCAGCAGCCACAACCGCAACGGCAGCGGCAACGGUGGCCCUGCCGGCCAGCGGCACAGCCACCGAGGCCGAGGACUCCCUGCUGGGUGUGUCGGACACCAGGACUCUGGCCGAGGCAUCGCGAAAUCUCACCCAGACAUUGCGCAAACUCUCCAAGGAGGUGUUCACCCACAAGAUCGAUCUGUCCGGGGCCGGUGUGGUGACCAGCAGCCGCAGCUCCAGCAGUGGUGCCGCCUCCAGUGGAUCGGCCAGUGGCGAGGAGGCACCGCGCAAGGGCGGAUCGGGAGCCGUCAUCGAGUCGAUGAAGAACCAUGGCAAGGGCAUCUAUUCGGGCACCUUUUCGGGCACGCUCAAUCCGGCGCUGCAGGAUCGCUAUGGGCGACCCAAGCGGGACAUCUCCACGGUGAUUCACAUUCUCAACGACCUGCUGAGUGCCACACCGCAGUACGGACGUGGCGCCCGCAUCAGCUUCGAGGCCCCCACCACGGGCUCGGUAUCGGGAUCCAGUUCGGGAUCGGGCAGCAGUGGCUCCUCCUCGACGACGUCCUCUAGCAGCGGCAUGCAUCACGGAUCGCGCAGCAAAAUGUACUCUUCCAAGCACCACAACUGCGCCAAGUGCAACAGUCGCGCCCAGCAGCAGCAGCAACAGCAGCAGCAGCAGCAGUCGGCGGCUUUGGCCAACGGAGGCAGCUGCUCCUUCCGUGACUGCCCCAGCUAUCACUCCUCCUCCGCCGCCGCCUCCAAGGCGUCCGGCAGCUCCAAGUCUUCGUCUCACAGUUGCUGCCAGGCAGAGUCACCGAGCUCCCUGGCCAGCCAAGCCAACGGCUGCAGCUGUCGCUAUCGCCGGGACGAUGGACAGGGACAGGGACAGGGAGAGCGGGAGCGCGAGCACACGUGCCAGAAGUGCACCGUGGAACUGGCCAACAUGAAGACGCGCUCGAAGAUGGACCAGCUGCGCCUGGUGAUGCAGCAGCACAAGCAGAAGCGAGAGGCACGCAAGCUGAAGAGCGGCCCCUAUGCCACGCCCGCCACAGCCUCGGCGGGAGACAGCCUCUCCGCGACGGCAGCCGGUGGAGCUGCAGCCGUUUCAAUGGGCGGGGCGGCGGGCCAGUACAGUGCCGUGAGCGCCCUGGUGGCCACGCCCCUGCAACAAGCCGCUGUGCCCGUCCAGGCGGGGAAAGCAGCACCCACAAGCAACAGCAGCAGCAGCAGCAACACCAAUGCCAACAGCAACAGCAACACAUCGACGGCACCCGCAACAGCAGCAACGGCGGCCGCAGCAGCAGCAACGGCAGCACCACCCAGCGAAGUCUCGCCCAACCACAUUGUGGAGGAGGUGGACACGGCGGCCUAAAGGCAGCGGCACCAUCAUCGGCUAGAGCAACCACCAGCCCCGCUGACAUUAUCCUAUUUUGUAGCAUUUACUAGUUUACGCAGCAGCAGCAAAGAGAGAAGAUCUGACGAGAGAUGAAGGAGAUCUGAGGAAGGAGAUGCGAAGAUGAAGAUGCAGGACCAGCAGAAGCAGAUGGGCAAACAAGAGAAACUAGAACCACAACUAAAGCUUACAUUAAUCUAGAGUUAGUGCAUAACAACACCAAUUCUUAUGUUCGAACCCCCGCUCGUUCAAUGUUCCCACCUUCGCGACGAGGCAAGAAAUGGGAAUGGGACCGCCCGGAAAGUCGAUAAGCUGUUAAAUUAAUUUUAAGACCCUUUAAUAACAACACACACAACACCACCUCUUCAGUCCAGGCCAACACUUGGAGUGAAUGAAUCAGCUUCUGGAGGCGAAAUCCUUUAAUGUUUUGUAAAUUAAAUUUAGUGAAAUUUUUUGUGUGCAUCCCAGGCAAACGCCAAGUUGAGUAAUUGACAAGAUCAAUUGCAAAAAACCUGCAAGAGCGGAAAAUAGCUUAAAAAAGCGAGAAAAUUCAUAAGAAAAAGGAUGGGAAAAACCUAAUAAUGGAAAUGAUUAAUAUAGAUUUACAUGUAAAACGUAUACACCCACACACAGACUAUGCUGAAUGAAUUGUAAGCCAAAGCGGUGGCAAAUUUUGGUAGAACUAAAGCGAAAUCUAGAUGUAAUUUUAGACACACCAAAUCUAACAAGACACACACACACACAAGAUCACACACACACACCUGGCUUUGGCAGCUUUAUGUUAUGUUUAACUUCAAUCAAGCAAAUGCAAAUGCAAAUGCGACUGCAAAGUGGCGCUUUAACCUAAUUUGCCUUAAUAGAAAAUCGUUUUUCACCUAUUACUAUAUUUUAUAUUUUUUUUGUAUACUUUAUCACCAAGAAUGUGUUUCGAAACGCGCCGGGGAAAAACGAGCGACGAAUUGAAUUUUGUUCACCUACACCUAUGCUAUUGAAUUAGUUAGUAAGACUAUGUUUUCUAUUCAUUUUACAAUUACCAUUACACGCAUAAUUACCGAUUGGAUUAGUUUCAUAAGUUGCGCAACAGCAGCGCCUAAGGAGCUAAGGAGCAGCAAGUAACGCUAACUUAGCUGUAGAGUUAUAAUUUAAACACAAGCAAUUACUAUUUUUUUGUCCUACACUUACCACUAUUAUCCAAUUCAAAUAAUGCAAUUAGUUCUAGGCGAGUUUUACUUUUGAGUUGGUUUCAUUUGUCUUUGCCUUGAGUGCACCACAACUACUUGAUUUCAAUAAAUGUUUAGUAAAUGGUUUAGUUAACUAA